CAAGAUAGGAUGGUGACAGGAGUGAGUGAAUGUAAGUGAAUGGAUGAACCUGAGAGGCUCUAGCGUGGGUUUUAUUCCGUGUUUAGGUGAUGUUCUAUAUUACACAUGUUUAACUCGAAGCUGAGAAACAUUAUGGUCACCUGGAAAUGCUCUGGAGGCUUUUAAACCGGAUUAAUGAGUGUAAUGAGGAACAUUACUAAGAGUGGAAGUUUGGACACAACGCCAUCUUUACUCCCUGUUCUUUUUGGGCCUGUCUUUAAAUACUGAAUUAUAUCACGUCAGUUCGAAGAAACAGGCAUGGAGGAGCUGCAGUGUCUGGAUCCACGUCGACAGGAGCUGCUGGAGGCUCGCUUCAUGGGUGCUGUGAGUGGCAACACCGGGGGCAGCACCGGCAGUGCCAGUGGAGGAGCCAAGGGUAUCGCGAACGAGUCCUCCAACCACAGUUUUGGCAGCCUGGGAUCCUCCAGUGACAAAGAAUUAGAGUCGCCGGAAAAGAAGCACUCUGAGUCGACAAGACGGAAGAGAAAGGCUGACAACCAGUCCGAGAACAGCCAAGGAAAGUCUUCUGGCAAGGGACCAAAGAUCAGUGACUAUUUUGAUUUUCAGGGUAAUGGCUCCAGCCCGGUUCGAGGAAUGCCUGCUGCUGUUCGUGCCCUUCAAGGCUCUCACUCCGCCCCCAGUUCCAUGGUGAUGCAGAACAACUCCUCACCCACCAGCCUGUGUUUUACUGAUCACAUGACCCAGGCAAAGCAGCUCGGCAGUAGGAGUGUGCAGACGGAUCUGACUGUGCUGAAGCUGGCUGUCCUGGAGAGCAAUAAGAAUCUGGACCUGGAGAAAAAGGAGGGAAGAAUAGAUGAUCUGCUCAGGGCUAACUGUGAUCUGAGGAGGCAGAUCGAGGAACAGCAAAAGCUGCUAGAGAGACACAAAGAGCGCCUGAACAAGUGCACCACCAUGAGCAAAAAACUGCUCAUCGAGAAGAGCACUCAGGAGAAGCAGGCGUGUCGGGAGAAGAGCAUGCAGGAUCGCCUGAGGCUCGGUCACUUCACCACAGUGAGACACGGAGCUUCUUACACUGAGCAGUGGACCGACGGAUUCGCCUUUCAGAACCUCGUCAAGCAGCAGGAGUCUAUAAACCAACAAAGAGAGGACAUCGAGAGGCAGCGGAAACUUCUAGCUAAGCGUAAACCCCCCAACACGCCCCCCUCCCAGAGCCCUGCACCUUCCAUUGACCCCAAACCCAGAAAGACCAAAGCGGUGAACGGAGCCGACAGCGAUCCAUUUCUCAAACCCUCCCUACCUACACUGUUGACUUUAGCCGAAUAUCAUGAGCAGGAGGAGAUCUUCAAACUCCGACUGGGUCAGCUUAAGAAGGAGGAAGCGGAGAUUCAGGCCGAGCUGGAACGUUUGGAGCGGGUGAGGAAUCUGCACAUCCGGGAGCUUAAGAGGAUCAGUAAUGAGGACAGCUCUCAGUUUAAAGAUCACCCGACCCUUAAUGACCGAUACCUUCUCCUGCACCUGCUGGGACGAGGAGGAUUCAGUGAGGUUUAUAAGGCGUUCGAUCUGUUUGAGCAGCGUUACGCAGCGGUGAAGAUCCACCAGCUCAACAAGAACUGGAGAGAGGAGAAGAAGGAGAACUACCACAAACACGCAUGUAGAGAAUACCGAAUCCACAAACAACUGGACCAUCCCAGAAUAGUCAAACUGUACGACUACUUCUCUCUGGAUACAGACACGUUCUGUACAGUGCUGGAGUUCUGUGAGGGGAACGAUCUGGAUUUCUACCUGAAGCAGCACAAGCUGAUGACAGAGAAAGAAGCUCGGUCCAUCGUCAUGCAGAUCGCCAACGCUCUCCGAUACCUCAACGAGAUCAAACCACCCAUCAUUCACUACGACCUCAAACCUGGGAACAUCCUCCUGGUGGAUGGUACGGCGUGUGGAGAGAUAAAGAUCACAGAUUUUGGCCUGUCGAAGAUCAUGGACGAUGAUAACUACGGUGUAGAUGGCAUGGACCUGACCUCCCAGGGUGCAGGGACUUACUGGUAUUUACCACCAGAGUGUUUCGUGGUCGGUAAAGAGCCGCCGAAGAUCUCCAAUAAAGUGGACGUCUGGUCUGUGGGUGUCAUCUUCUUCCAGUGUCUGUAUGGACGCAAGCCGUUCGGUCAUAACCAGUCUCAGCAGGACAUCCUUCAGGAGAACACCAUCCUCAAAGCCACAGAGGUCCAGUUUCCCCCUAAACCUGUGGUCAGCAACGAAGCCAAGGUGUUUAUUCGGCGCUGUUUGGCCUACAGGAAAGAGGACCGUUACGACGUCCACCUGCUGUGCCGCGACUCCUACCUACUGCCUCACAUCAGACGAGCCAAUUCAGGAAACCUGCAGACCACGCCCAAUAGCCCAGCCUCCUCCUCUAUUAUCUCCUAUUAACUUUAUUCUUAAGUACCUGUGUGGAUGGAGAACGUGGGAGGGGCCUGUGUGAGUUUUAGCUGAAAGACACGCCCACUGCCUGGCACUUGGGAAGUGACAUGAAUCUCGUCUUGCUUGCACUCGGACUGUAGGGAAUAAACUUGAAUGUGGGGGGCAGUAGGGUAUAUUUUUAGGGGAAUAAACUUGAAUAUGGGGGGGGGCAGUAGAGUAUAUCUACUUAUUUAUAAACACGCGAGCGGAUGUUGCGCUUCACACUGCUAUUACUGUCUUAUGUUCCCUUCUGGCUUGUGUGUGUAUAAGGGAUGCUAGAAAACAAUGUGUGUGUGUGUGUGUUAGCAUGUCUUUCAGUCACACAUUUUGACAGGUGAAGGUGCAGACGUCUUCCUAAACGUCGUCUAUGGAAAACACUUUGUGCCAAGUGUUAAAGCUGCAAUGGGGAUUUUUAGGUAUUUGGAGACUUCUUAGUGUAGGGCUGUUAUGGUGAGGCAUUUUACAGAGAGCUGUAUUGCGUACGGAGAAUUAGGCUUUACUCUUUAUGAAUCAUCUUCCAGCCCUGACGUAUGACAAAUUGUACCUGUUAGAAACCCAACCCAAGGCCAUAGCUGAGAUUUGAACUCCAGAGCUUGAGGUCGAUCAGACCAAACUCUACAGCGCAUGAGACCGGCAUCAAGUCAGUGAUGUACAAACCUUUACUACGGUCGUCCCUUUGUCUAGCACCGUAUGACAGGUUAUUAUAAACUGAAAAUGAUGCUCACUGAAAUUUUAUGUUCAAUAAAUCGAGUUCAUUAAAAUUUAAAUAAACGGCUCCCAGGUGGCACAGCGGGAUAUUCCGCUGACGCACCGGCACUCCCGGGUUUGAGGCUCGGUGUUGCCGCCGAUCGGGUGGGCAUAAUUAGCAGUGCCUGCAGCGGAUACUAAUUGGCCACCGUAUCUGCAGGGUGAAGACCGGACUAUGUGUGGGUGGGUGGGUCUUCAUACGCUGUGUAAGGACCCUGAUUGGCGGAAGAGACGCUCGAAGCGCGGACGGGCUGUACACGUGUAAAGAAGGCGUGGACAGCGGCGUGCUCUCCUUGGAUGCUAAUCUAGAGUCUGUCAGCAGCAGAAGAGCGGCGGCACGGUGGCUAAGUGGGUAGCGCUGUCGCCUCACAGCAAGAAGGUCCUGGGUUCGAUCCCCAGGUGGGGCGGUCCGGGUCCUUUCUGUGUGGAGUUUGCAUGUUCUCCCCGUGUCCGCGUGGGUUUUCUCCGGGAGCUCCGGUUUCCUCCCACAGUCCAAAGACGUCCAAGUGAGGCGAACAAGAGAUGCAAAAUUGAUAUUAAACUUGUGAACUGAUGAAUCUUGAGUAAUGAGUAACUACCGUUCCUGUCAUAAAUGUGACCAAAGUGUAAAACAUGACGUUAAAAUCCUAAUAAACAAACAAACAGUAGCAGAAGACAAAUUGGAUGCACUAAAUCGGUAGAAAAAUGGGGAGAAAAAUGCAUUUAAAAAAUUUUUUAUAAACAAGGUGAGCUGGUGGUUAAAAAGGGAAAUAAGGUGAUACUGACAUGAUGACCGUUGCUUACUGGAUAGAAGAGUCAGAAAUUAAGUAAAUUGCCAUUUCUGCUCUCUUGGACUUUUGGAUGGCCUCUGACAGAGUGAACCACUUCACUUCUCUUUUGCCCCACAUGGAAGCCUAAAAAAUUUUGAUUGUCUCUUUUUCUACUUUUGAUUUGAUUACAUUUAUCUUGUGGAUCUUUAAAGUUUAGAAUAUUUUUGGCACAAAAUGAUUCCAGACGUUAAUACAGAUGUUAGUUUGCCGGUUUGCUGGAUGCAGGAUCGCCUCAUUGUUUAUUUCCCCUUUGAAGCAGUUUUACAUGUUGCUGCUAUUUAGUGUUGCUUUUAGUUUUUAGUUACACCCCAAUUGUUUAAUAUUUGAUAUAAUUGACAAAAGCAGCACAUUUACAAUCCAUUCUGUUUGUUGGACAAGUCUGAAUAUGUUCAAUAUUGUGCAAAUCUGUGUCGGAGUGUGUAAGUUUAAAUCUGUGUAUGACUGGAGUGUGUGUGCAGGUGGACAUGUAUUGUGUCAGUGUAUGACAGGAUUGUUUGUAUGAACAUGAGUGUGUGUGUGUGUGUGUGUGUUUAAGUAACAAAAGUGAACAAGUGAGUAAUAAGUUACUAGCAGACAGAAUAUGGUCUGAACCUCAGAGUGCUGGGGUGUCAUGAGUCGCCACUAUGGCUGGACUGGGGUUGAAUUGCACCUCCCUGGAAUCACCGUUACCACUCCGCUUUCCUCCUGUCUUCUCACAGUCCGUCUGUGAUCCGUCUCUGAAAUGCUGCUGCUGUUGUAGGAAAUGUAGCCGAAAGAGAAAUAAAAUUCUAAACCGUUAUUUUAAUA